CAAGCGUCAUAGUGCCACGCACAUUGCGGAUAUUACCGGUAUCUGAUGAUUAUGCCUGCUGCGUCGAAAUCUGGUCAGCCAGACUCUACAGGAGUAUCUAGUUGUCUAAGAGCAGUGUGUUGAAAUUCAUUGAUGAUCGAAAUGGCUGAGAUGAUCAGAAUAUCGUGACCUCGAGAAAGUGCUAGAUUCAUCUAUCCGGUAGAGACCCUCCAGUAAGUUUGCCAUCAUUGCAAGCACAGUUGCAUAGAAAUGUCUAGUAACGAUAUAGGGUGAUUUGGCUUUCGACAGUCUAUUGUUUGAGAGCCAGCAGCCUGAAAAUCCUUGAGUCCAGGGAGAAGGGACGACUGAACUGGCCGUGGCAUGGAGUCCGUUGCUUGGGUAUUAGCCGUGCAUUUCCUGCUGCUAACGUUAGGUGCGAUCAAGACAGUUCGAGGUGCACGGAAUGGAACAAACUCGUAUGUAGAAUACACUAGUAGGUAUUCGGAGAGUGGAAAAGGAACUGGAUCGCUGUGCUCGAGUGGCCUGGUCCUGACUAUAGGCUGUGCACUUGUGCUUUCGACCGUUCUCCUAUCGAUUAUGCUCAUCUUGUUGGGACGCCAGUACAUGCGCGUCAGCAGACAACUCCAUGCCCAGAACUUGAACACUAAAAUCAACCCUCAAAAGGUCUCCAUAUCACCGCCGUCACCAGAUUCCGCCGCCCCUUGCCUUGCCGAUUGUGAAAAUGAGCCAUACUUGUCCUCUCUAUGCGCACCAUGCCAGGACCAAGCGUCGUCGUCCGAAGAGCACAGUCACGUGACACGUAAAAGUACGUCUACAAAAAACGCUCCCGGUGCAUGUUCUGCAGAUGUUCACAGCACUCAGCACUACGACUAUGGUAGCCAGCCAGCUCCAGUGCUCACCGAUACAGGACAAUUCAAGCGCACGAAUGGUGGCUUGGAGGGAAACAAGCACGCACGCCCAAGUAGCGUCAGCGAGAAGCAUGGUCAUAUAAGCCAAGGUGAAGAAAACCAAGCACAACUGGUGGAUGCGUCGUGUGUAGUAUGCCCAGCUAAUCAAAAGUCUCAUUACGAGGUCGAGGAACAGGAGCAUGUCACUGAUGCAGUUGGACCUGAAUGUGGCGGCUUGGAGGUAAGGCCAUGCACGAAGAUCAGAGGUCUUGCCAGAGGCGACAAUGUAUCCAAAUCAGGGCCUAAAAGUGCCGCCCACAGCAUGUUGCAGAAGGGCACAGCUGCCAAUUCACCUCGCCUGUACGAAAUAGAUGACUUGGAAUAUCAUAGUACGGCAACUGGCACUAACGACUCGCAACAAUCCAGUCCAAGGCAAAUGGUGCCAUACUUCGACCUGCUUCCUAAACGGUUAGACUCAGAGAGUCGUCCACUGUCAAGGGACAUAGAGAUGUCUGGAACAUCUGUUCCUACGAAGAAAACUGGCACAGAUGUCUCACGAUUGGUCAGACCAACCGCUGCGGCAACAGUGUUGCAUAAACCACUGCCACAACGGCAUGGCGGACGCGUUGACCCAUCCACAAGGCAGAAGAAAAGAUGUCGCAGCAUGGACAACAUUCUAUGUAGUGGGACUGAUCCGUGUUCAUCCGUGCCUGGUGGUCAGCACACAGAAAGGUCGUCCAAUAUCUCCGACCACUGUUAUGAAGGUAUGGACGUUUGCAGCACAACCAAGCAGGGAUUAACUUCCCUUUCGGCUGGAUAUCACCUCCCAGCUGUAGGCAACUGCCAAUUCCCUCAAGCUGAUAGACGUGCACCGACGGAUUCGGUACUUCCUAUCCCCUACCAUCAGGUCCUUUGUCAAGUAUCUCCACUGCGUGGUCUGGCGCCGAGUGAUCAAGUUAUACUCCAGGCUAGCCCUGUGUACGAUGAAGUCACACCAACAACUGCAGCCAGUUGGGUGUGAAAACUAGGAUAAAUAUUCCGUAUACAAUAAUGUACACUUGACUUCAGCGUUCUCCUCAAAUUCACACAAUGUUCCAAGCAUGACAUCGUUCUUUUAGAUCACCAGAUGUCCAUACAUUUGUACAUAGCUUUAGCAUGAGUGAUAACAUGAUCUACUGAGGGUAAAUAACACAUGCCUUAGCUAGUGCGAGCGAUACCUAAAGAGUGUCUUGUUGAUUAAAAAAAAUAUUUUCAUCUCUUUUCAAUGCUUUCUACAGUUCUUAAACAAAAUUAAAAUACUGCCUUUCAACUUCUUGAAUCUCACUUACCCAAAUACUAUCAACUCACAUUCAUUUAGACCUUCUAUCAUAUUUUUGCUCCGGAUUGAAUCGAGUUUGCACCCAACCAAAUUUUAGAAGUUAGGAAGUAGGUACCGUGUGUAGCGUGUCCUCUGCUACCAGAUAAUGUC